AUGGGUGCCAAUGAUCAUCAAUUAUAUCUUUCAUCACCUGAUUCAACAUAUUCAAGAUCAUCAUCAUCAUCAUUUUCUCCUUCAUCAAUUUUGCUAAGUACAAAACAAUCAACAACAACAGUAAAAUCUUUUCUAAUAUCUGAUAUAUUAAAACCAAGUUUUGGUCAUCAAAAUGAUAAAUGUAACAUUCCUCUAUCACCAACAGCUACAAAUGAUUCAACAUCAUCUUCAAAUCGAAAUGGACAAUCGGAUUUAUUACCAGCAUGGGUUUUUUGUACACGAUAUUCUGAUCGACCAUCAGCAGGUCCACGUAUAAGAAAACCAAAACCAUGCGAAACACUUGAUUCCAAACGACCUCGAACUGCAUUUACUAAUAGUCAAUUAAUACGUUUAAAAGAUGAAUUUGAACGUAGUAAAUACCUGACUGGUGAACGUCGACAAGUAUUAGCUAAUGAAUUAGGUUUAAAUGAAGCACAAAUUAAAAUUUGGUAUCAAAAUAAACGUGCAAAAAUUAAGAAAGUAUCUGGCGUAAGAAAUACAUUAGCAAUGCAAUUAAUGGCACAAGGUUUAUAUAAUCAUACAUCGGAUAAUAAACAUAUUCAAAAGGACUAG